AUGAGUUCUGCUGCCGGAACUCGGCGUUCGCUGCUGCACGACGUGCUGUCGCAUGCAGAGGUGGUUGAGUUAGGGCUGGACGGGUCCAUCGAGGACCUGCCGCCGCUGACCACGCGGUGGACUCCGUCUUGCGCGUGGGCGGUGCUGGCCUUCUGCUGGGGCUACUUUCUGUUUUUCUGGUCUGCUGCGGCGCUGGCGCUGCGCAGCGUGCUGCAGCAGCACCCGGACACGCUGCUGCCUGGUUGCGCGGAGCUGGCCUUCGCAGCAGCCUGCAGCGGCCUCCUCGUCGCCGCAGAGUUCGCCCUCUACUGCUACGUGAAGGCGAAGAACGCAGUGGCGAGCAGCAGCGGGCCCAUGGGCAGUCCGUACACCCCGACGCGCAGCUGCGUCUUUUCCCACUUCGGCCUCUCCGCGCUUUCCCGAAUUUGCUGCUUCCUCCAGCUCUUCUUCCUGCUGCACUCCCGCCUGCUUCCCGUCCCCAUGUUUGCAUGCGCGGCCUUCACAGUGUCCCUCACUGAGAGACAACUGGAUUCCGCUGGGGAAAACCCGCAGACGGGCUCUCCUUUUGUUUCUCCAAGGGCUGCUUUGGCGCUGACGAACUGUUUGUUCUUUUUGGAUCUUCCGGGGAUCACUUUGCAUGUCAAGGCGAGCUUUCUGCCGCUGGAGCAGCUGGAGGCCCACGAAUUCCUCGCCUCACUGGUUUCGCUGGUGCGUCUGUACAGCGGGGACUUCUGCAUGUUGCUGUAUCUGAUCUUCGCGCUGUGUACAUUUGGGGGCAAUGUUUUGUUUUUCAUGUUGCUCACCUUUUUGUUGUUGAAAUUGAAAGCCUCGUGCGUCGCCGCCUUGCUGGCACACGUGGCUUCGGUCUUUGGCAUAUGGGAUGCAGAAUAG